AUGGGAUAUAUUCAAUUCAUAUCUAAUAGCAUUGUUCGAGCUGCCAACCCCAAGAAGGAAGUUCAAAGGAUCGAGUUAGCUCCCUGGGAUCUCAUGUUCCUUGCUAUGGACUAUGCGCCAAAGGGACUUCUCUAUUACAAGCUGAAACUCAAAAAAGAGGGAGAGUUAGGAGAGACCAUAGUCCACCAAUUGAAAACCUCCCUUUCACAAACGCUAGAUUACUUUUCUCCCCUUGCAGGCCGCCUUGCAACCAUUGAACUUGAGGAUAACACCUCUUCAUUUUUCAUUGACUGCAAUAAUGCUGGUGUCCUGUUUGUUCAUGCUGCAGCUAAUGGGAUAACUAUUUCUGAUAUCAUUGGGCCAAGUGCUGUUCCAUCCUUUGUUCGCACAUUAUUUCAAUUAAAUGAAGUUAAAAAUUAUGAGAGUACUUCCCAGCCAUUACUUGCAAUACAAGUCACUGAGCUUGCAGAUGGCAUCUUCAUUAGCUGCACUUACAAUCAUGUUGUGGUUGAUGGCACAUCGUUUGUGCAUUUUUUUAAUUGUUGGGCAGAAAUCUCUCGAGGUUCUAUUGAAUUAGCCAAGCCCCCAGCUCUUCAACGUUGGUUUCCAAAUGGUAUUGAGGGUCCGGUUGGUAUUCCGAACUCUUAUCUCACAUAUGGCCAUGACUUCAUUCCUCCAUGUUUACAAGUAAGGUUUUUUCAUUUCACAAAGGCAAGCAUUGCAAAUCUCAAGGCAAAAGCUAAUGCUGAAGUUGGCACAGACAAAAUCUCCUCUCUCCAAGCACUCUUAUCUCAUAUUUGGCGAACCGUUAUCCGCUGCAAAAAUCUUGAUCCGGUGGAAGAGACCAAUUUCUUCUUACCAGUUAGUGCAAAAUCAAGAUUGUAUCAGCUGUCUCAACAAUAUAUUGGAAAUGCGAUGCAAGGUAAAGUUAUAACAAUGAAAGUAAAGGACCUACUAGAAAAAGGGCUCGGAAACGCAGCAUGGGAAAUAAACAAGUCUAUUGCGUCACAGUCGGAAGAAAAGAUGACGACUUUCCUGGAAUCAUGGAAGGAAAGCCCUCUUCUAUUGACAGCAGGCCUAGCAAGUACUGUCAGCAAUCUUCUGGUCUUAGGUGGCUCACCUAGGUUUGAUUAUUAUAGUGUUGAUUUUGGAUGGGGAAGGCCAAUUGCAAUUCGAAGCGGGGUUGGGAACAAGCAUGACGGGAAGAUAACAGUGUAUGGUGGACUUGAAGAAGGGAGUAUGGACAUUGAAGCUUGCUUUAUACCGGAAACAUUGCAGGCCUUGGCAAAUUGCAAAGAGUUCAUGAAUUCAGUCGCAACGCAAUCUUAAUCCAAAAUCCAUGUUAGUAGGUGUAUUAAUUGCCAUCAAGAGGAAGAUCCACUAAAACUUACUAUGAAUUACUUGUUCUCUAAAAUUGAUUAGACUAUAAGACCCUUAGUAAAACUCCAGGGUCCUAGACAUUUGGUUCAUCCCCAAUAAGUUGCCUACGAGGAAGAUAAGAGGGUCAAGCUUGACUCCCUGGAUAGCAAUCCUAGACUGGUUUGUAUUUACGUUAAUGAUAUUUUAAUAUCUACACUUAGCUUAUUCAACUUCAUCUCCUUUUUUUUUCUUUAAAAGCAGGCAGCACAAAACUUUAACAAUGAAAAA